AUGUCCCAUCACCCAACCUGUCCAUUCUACCCUGUCGCACGCCCUUGUGCUUUCUCGUGCCAUCUCCUCCCAUUCCCGUAUGCUCCAUCCCCGAAGAUUCCAACGUACACCGUCGCAGACGCCAUCCAAUCCACGCGCCUGAUCCGCCGAGACGUCGAGCACCCCACCAGCUGCAUCGACCAACUCAGCGCCGCACGCGAGCGAGCCAGCCGAAAUGUGCACUUCGAGCCCGGGCACGCAAAGAGCAGUGACGGCGUGUGUGAAUCCCGUCCGCGGCGACGACAACAAAGUUCCUCUUCCAAGGCCCAGAUAAUCCCCCGCUCCAUCCUGCAGAAUGAUACUCUGCCCCCGUCUCUCCCGACGGUAUACAUUGUCACGUUCGCCGCUGAUUCCAUCCCGAAUCGCACGGCCAAUGUCCUGCGCCUGCUGCAUACUCAACUGCCCCCUCGCGACCCGCCCAUCCCGCACUUGUACACCAUCGACGCCCGCUCCUUCGCGCCGCCUGUCCCCGCGCUGUGCCGCGAGUUCUCGGGCAUAUCGCCGGUGAUCCAAGACGUCGUCAUGCAAGACGGGCGCGCGCGGAAGGCGGUUGCGGACAGCGUUGCGGACUUGCUGAGAUGUGGGGAGAGGGGCGUCAGGGAGAGAAAGACGGAGAUGGAAAUUGAAAUGCCCUUGAUAUUGUUCUACACAUAA